AUGGCUUCCAAGAAAUUACUUUCUACGGCAGCAUCUUCAGUAUUGAAGGACACAGGUGUGGACAUAAUACCACUGAUGCUUGCUACGUACCAGCGGAUUGCGAUUCAAGAUGCCGACCACAUGGGUUUAGUACAGGCACUUGUGUCGUCUUUGAUGGUCUUCAUAUUCCUAGUUCAGGAUAAUUCCUGGACUACGGUUGCAGCCCAACAAUCAGUUGCCCUGUUUGGAGGCCCUUCUUGGGGGAGCUUUCUAGGAAGAAAGGAUGGCCUCACAGCUAGCCAAACUGGUGCAAAUAAGGCCCUUCCAAGUCCAUUUGAUCCCCUCAUUGCGAUUGCAUCCAAAUUUGCUGCUGCUGGACUAGACAGUAGAGACCUGGUGGCAUUGUCUGGUGCCCAUGCAUUUGGCCCGGUCCGGAGUCUGUUUUUGACUCCCCGGCUUUAUGAUUUCAACAAAACCAGGAAGCCUGAUCCCACUUUGAGCAGAACACAACUGAAGAUACUCCAUAAAUCAUGUCCUCGAGGUGGAAAUGGGACAGCUCUCACCAACCUAGACCCAACAACAGUAAAUACAUUUGACAACAGAUUCUUCUCCAACCUGCAAGCAAGUGCAGGCCUGCUUCAAAGUGAUCAGGAGCUGUUUUCAACUCCAAAGUCAAAUACAGUGGAGAUGGUUAACCAAUUCAGUGCCAACCAGACAGCUUUCUUUGAAAGCUUUGUAGCUUCCAUGAUUAAGAUGAGUUAUAUUAGUGUUCUAACUGGGAUGGAGGGGGAAGUGAUGAGGACUCGUUGUCGAAGAGUGAAUAAUAUUUAA